ACCUCCAGCUUCAUCUGUUCAUCCCUCUCCUCAAUAUCAUCAAUGCUGCUUCUGGACCGGAAGUAUUCCCACAAGUCCUGGUGGGAAGAGUUUGGGUGAAAGAAGGUCACAGCUGCUCUUUCUGAGCUUAUCAGCAGGCCUCUUUCAAGAUGUCAUCCGCCUUCAAUCAUGAAGCAUACAACGACUAUAUUGAGCACAUGCGGAUGACAGAAUAUCCGAUGCUGGAGGACAGCCUGUACCUGGACCAUGCAGGCGCCACUUUGUACAGCAAGAAGCUCAUGGACCGAUUCCAUGCCGAGAUGAUGAGUAGCCUGUACGGGAAUCCUCAUUCGGCAUCGCCAUCUAGCCAGCGAUCUACGCAAGACAUUGAAAGCAUCCGCAUGGAAGCGUUGAAUUUCUUUUCGGCUGAUCCAAAUGAUUUUGAUCUGGUUUUUACUGCAAAUACCACCGCAGCAAUCAAGCUAGUAUUGGAGGCCUUUCGCGAGCACGAGAACGGCUUCUGGUAUGGCUACCACGCUGACUCGCACACCAGUCUGGUUGGCGUCAGAGAGGCUGCGAAGGCUCAUCGGUGCUUUGAGUCUGACGACGUUGUUGAGAAAUGGCUAGAAGAACCCCCCGAGGCCGGACCGUCUCGCUCUCUCUUCGCAUAUCCUGCGCAAUCCAAUAUGAACGGUCGAAGAUUGCCAACGAGUUGGACUGCAAAGGCUUCAAUCAAGAAUUGCUUCACGCUUUGUGAUGCUGCAGCUUAUGCCGCCACCGCGCCACUCCGUCUGGACGAUGUCGAAUCUGCGCCAGACUUUACAGUUCUUAGUUUUGCCAAGAUCUUCGGCUUCCCGGACCUAGGAGCACUGAUAGUGAAGAAGAAGUGCGCGCACUUGUUUGAGCGAAGGCGGUAUUUCGGAGGUGGCACAGUAGACCUGGUUGCCUGUGUCAAAGAAGAAUGGCACGUUAUGAAGUGUGGUUCCAUUCACGAACAGCUCGAAGAUGGCACCCUGCCGGUCCACAGCAUAGCGGCACUCGGGGCAGCAAUCAAGACUCAUGCUGAACUGUUCCGCUCCAUCGAACGCAUAGCUUGUCAUACAGCUCGGCUGACUACGCGCUUAUAUGAGGGUCUGUCAUCGCUCGUGCACAUGAAUGGCAGGCGUGUAUGCAAAAUUUACACCGACCAUCGACUUUCGUACGACGAUUGGUCAACGCAAGGUCCAAUUGUAGCAUUCAACCUUAUGGAUAGUCAAGGUCGAUGGGUCAGCAAUGCUGAAGUCGAGAAACUGACAUCUAUCAAGAAUAUUCACCUUCGGACCGGUGGUCUCUGCAAUCCUGGGGGCAUCGCUAAUGCGCUCGAUCUUUCGCCCUGGCAGAUGCGAGAAAACUUCUCGGCUGGCUUCAGAUGCGGGAGCGAGAACGACAUCAUGAAUGGCAAACCAACGGGCGUGAUCAGAGUAAGCUUAGGAGCCAUAAGCACGAUGAGUGAUGUGGCAAGGUUUCUCGAUUUUAUCACACAAUUCUUUGUGGACAACAUUGACCCGGCCCCAACAUCCGCAUUGUCCCAUCAGACACUGCCGAUCGAGAAACUUGGUCCCAGAUUCUAUGUUGAGAGCUUGACGGUCUACCCUAUCAAGUCGUGUGCUGGUUGGCAAGUACCUUAUGGGGAGCCUUGGGAUGUUCGUACGGAGGGCCUGGCCUGGGAUCGCGAAUGGUGCAUUGUCAAAAAGGGCACUGGCGCAGCGCUCAGCCAAAAGGCAUAUCCGCGCAUGGCUCUCCUUCGACCUCAUCUCGACUUCAAGGCUGGCGUUAUGCGCGUACGUCUGAUCGGCAGCGUAGAGCAUAUUACGAUUCCCCUCUCGAAAGAUCCGAGACAAUUCACCACACCAGAUUUAAGUGAAAGAUUAUGCGAUGCAUCCGUUUGCGGUGACAAGAUCAAAGCACGAAUGUACACCUCGUCAGCGAUCACAGAAUUUUUCACGUCAGCUCUGGGUGUGCCGUGCACUCUUGCCAGAUUUCCAGCCGCGUCGCAGUCGUCGCCGUCUGUCCGGCACAGUAAAGCUCAUUUACCAAACGACAGAGGAUCUUCUCCAAGACCCAUUCUACUCAGCAACGAAUCGCCCAUCCUCACGAUCUCGCGAUCCUCCCUCAAUCGUCUGAACGAAACGAUUAAAGCCAAAGGCGGAAAAGCAGCCCACCACGCUGCAUUUCGUGCCAACAUCAUUGUUGCAGAGAAUCCACUAUCGCCACCCGGACAAGAACGUCCGUGGGCAGAGGAUGACUGGGUUAGAAUGACGAUUGGAGAUGAUACUGGCGAAACGCAAUUCGAUUUUCUCGGAGGCUGUAGACGAUGUCAAAUGGUUUGUGUAGAUCAGAAGAGCGGAGAAAAGAAUCAAGAGCCUUUUGUUACGUUGGCGAAAACGAGAAGAUUCGGUGGAAAAGUCAUGUUUGGAGUCCACACCGCUCUCAAAAGUGGGGAGUAUGUGCAGGGUAGGACUUGGAGGAUCAGUUCGGGCAGUCCAGUGAAGACUUGGAAUAGAGGGCCAGAUGAAGUCUGAGAAAUCUAACCCGCUUUCGAAAUGAACCAUGGAUAUGAAGCUGGCUGAGAUCAGAGGUCAUGGCAUCUGGCAUGGUACCGAGGUCAAAGCUGACCGAGUUGAUAUCUCCUGGGGUGUUGUUCAGGGUUGUAUGCUGGAUUUGGUGACGGAUAGAAGAUCUAGGAGACAUUCUUUGCCGCCAUACUUCGCGCUGGCACUACCUUCUAACCAAGACAAGCUUGUCAUGCCGAUGUCUUGCGGUGCUUUUCAGAAUCCCCGAGGAUGAGCGGUUUGUAUGUAUAGUGGCGGUAGGUUCAGUGUAUAGUCCUGGCGUUUGGUCAAACCCACAUCAAGGUGGAAGUUUCACGUGACGUUCUUGAUGGAUUUCCAAUGUUGCUUUCGUAUAGGUGUAAGGCGUAUAGGCGAGGUAUGCAGGAGAGGCGCGCAGUGCCCAGUGCAUCCUCUCAGUGCAUUUACUGCUUUUUCUUGCCCUCCUUACCACCGGCCUUGCCCUUCUUCUCCUCAUCUCGCUUGUUGAUAGCCUCGAUUUCCUCUGCCUCUUUCCUUUCCGCAUACCACUGUCCUGCCUGCAGAAUCAAUACACCAACC